AUGAAGGUGAAAAAAAAGUACACCAAGAAGCCGAUGUUUUCUGUGGAGCCUGAAAACGUGAAAAAGGCAGUGAGUGUAGGCGAUCUACGUGACCUGGUCUUCUGGGUACUUUCUGACCAGCAUGGCCCGCCUGCGCCGCAGUGGUUGAUUGUGCAGAACCGGUCGGCAAUUAAGCGCAUGAUCUCUAUCAUGAUUCCGGGGCUCGAGCGACCUUAUGGGGAAAACGAGCUCAACGAUUUUAAACCGCGCGCGUUCAAAAUUGAUGGGCUUCCCAUAUUGGAUUAUUUCCGUCAUGUUUGGCCCACUAAAGCGCCAGGGUCCAAAAACCGAUUGGAUUCAGCUAUUUCAGAGUUUACCCGGAUUCCAUUGACUCCGGCGGAGAAAAAGGAAUUAGAAAAGAAACGACAAAAAACCGGGCUAAAGGCCACGUAUGAAACGUUGUUGAUGACGCCGGAACAGCUCAAGGAAUAUCCCGUGGCUAAGGAUGAUUCAUGGAUUGAGUUAGACGAGCUGGAUAGAGACCCCAAAAUCUUUGCUUUGGAUUGUGAAAUGGUGGAAGUUGGCUUGAAAAGCGAGCUCGCCCGUAUCUCCAUUAUUGGUCAAGAUGAGCAAGUUGUGUACGAGUCCUUUGUGAAACCCGCAGGAACUAUCACCAACUAUGUCACGGCGUAUUCAGGAAUCACUCCUGAAAUCUUAAAGGACGUGACUACAACGCUUGAGCAUGUUCAGCAAUGGUUAAAAGAAAACCUUAGCCGAUCCGAUACCUUGCUCGGCCAUUCUUUAGACUUUGACUUGAAUGUUCUCCAUCUUGUUCAUAAAAAGAUCAUUGAUACGGCUCUUAUUUAUCAAAGUCCUCGAGGAACGGCAUGGAAGCCGUCGCUGAAAUGGCUGGCCAAACGGUAUCUUGGAAUUGAUAUCCAAACCGGCAACGACGGCCACGAUUCUGCAGAAGACGCCAGAACUUGCAUGCAGCUUGUUGCCAAAAAAAUAGAAAAGGGAUUGAACUACGGGAUUCAGGAACACACGACAGGUAUUGUUGAAAAACUGAAAGAAAGUGCUCAAUCUACUGCUAUUGUAGACUAUGGGGCGCCUCGCUGGGAUCAGGGGCACGCCAAAACCGUCUGCUCUAUCACCAGCGACUCUGAAGCAGCCCGAAAGGCUGCAGCCCUCACCAAGUCACACAACUUUGUUUAUGUGCGAUUGAGAGAACUAGAGUCUGCUGUGGGCUGGUAUAAAGAUUCUGUUGAUAUCGAUAUGAGCAAGGUCUACCAGGAACUGAAUGCCAACAUCAAAACUAUUCUGGAUGCAGUCGAGCCCAAUACUGCAGUGCUGAUUUGGAGCGGCCAGAGCGACCCCCGGGAAAUGAAUCGCCUACUCCAGAAAAAAAGGCAGUGGAACGAAGAGUACAAAACAAAAAAAUGGGACGACAUCGAGGAUCCUUGGACCGAAGAACAUGAAAAGAAUCUUGGAUCUGCCGUUAACAGCGCCCGCAUGGGAAUCGCGUUCCUGGAGAUACUCAAGCCAGAAACGCCAGAGGUAGAUGGCCCGGCACCCAAAAGGCAAAAGAAAAACUAG